UUUAGGGGUCAAGCAUCGCUGCAUCAGCAGCACACCUACUGUGUAUUGACGACCUUGCAAAGCGGGAGCAGAGACGCCAUCUGUGACCAAAACUUGCAACCAUCCAAUUUCUGACGAGCAGGAGCAGUGUGCCUGCAGGUCCAUCGGCGGCCAGAUGGUGUCGAUGUCAUCCAAGAAGGUGUGCGUGAUCGGCGCCGGCGUCUCGGGGCUGGCGUCUGCCCGCGAGCUGCUCCGGGAGGGCCACGACGUGACGGUCGUGGAGCAGAGCGGCGGCGUCGGCGGGCAGUGGCUGUACGACCCGAGCACCGACGGCGGCAAACCCCUCGGCGCGGCCGGCGCGCACAGCAGCAUGUACGCCUCCGUCCGGCUCAUCAGCCCGAGGGAGCUCACGGCCUUCUCUGACUUCCCCUUCUUCCCCAACAACGACGGCACUGGCGACGCCCGGCGCUACCCGGGGCACGGCGAGUUGCUGAGGUACAUCAGGGACUUCUGCGACGCGUUCGGGCUCAUGGACGUCGAGCUCAACACCAAGGUCCUGCAUGUCGGCCUGGCCGCGCCGCGCGACGCUGAGGACGGCGGCGUGACGCGCUACGACCGCGAGCGCGACGCAGUCACCACGGAGGAGGUGUUCGACGCCGUGGUCGUGGCUGUCGGCCAGUACACCCAGCCAAGGCUCCCAGUCAUCAACGGCAUGGACAAGUGGAGCAGGAGGCAGCUGCACUCCCACUCGUACCGGGUCCCUGUCUCCUUCCACGGCGAAGUGGUGGUGAUCGUGGGCUUCCAUGAGAGCGGCAAGGACAUCGCUCUGGAGCUCUCCAGGGUGGCGAGGGAGGUCAAGUCCAUGGACGGCGUCGCUCCCGGCGUGGUCAAGGCUGUGUCAAGGCACGACAACCUGCACCUCCACCUCCAGAUCGACUGCCUGUGCGAGGAUGGGCAGGUAAUGUUCGCCGAUGGCUCGUGUGUCGUCGCCGACUCCAUCAUCUACUGCACUGGGUACGACUUCUCGUUCCCGUUCCUGGACACGGGAGGGCUGGUCACCGUCGACGACAACCGCGUCGGCCCGCUGUUCGAGCACACGUUCCCGCCAGCGCUGGCGCCGUCGCUGUCCUUCGUGGGCGUUCCCAGGCUGGUACUGGUUCCGCGGUUCUACGAGGCGCAGGCGAGGUGGGUGGCACAGGUGCUGUCUGGCCGGCGGCCACUACCGUCGUCGGAGGAGAUGAUGCGCGCCGCCAUGGAGUACCACCUCUCCAGGGAGGCGGCCGGCGUGCCCAGGCGCCUCUCGCACACCGUCUUCUUCGACAUGGACUACUGCGACGAGUUUGGGGCCAAGCACUGCGGUUUCCCGCCGCUGGAGGGGUGGAAGAGGGACCUCCUGUCGUCGGCUGUCGCACGCGUCAGGGACGGCGACAUGGAGAGCUACCGUGACACCUACCAUGACAGCGACCUUGUCCUGGAGGGCUUGCGCUCCGAAGGCUGGUGACUGCCUAAUCCAUGUAAGACAAGUAGGUCGGCCAAGGUCAUGAAGACGACGGCUUAGCUAGUCGUAAUAUUUUGGGAAAGUACAGAUGUAACACAUCACAA